AUGUCACUCACUCCUCAAAGUAUAGAGAGUAUCAAAGCCACGUUGGACAGCUUUGUCAAAGACGGCUCACCAGGUCUUGUCUUCCGCGCUGUCGAUAAAUCGGGCAAGACUUUGGUCGAACAUGCCUCGGGUACCCUCGGAGUCGACUCCGACCAGCCUAUGGAUGCUGAUACCACCCUAUUCUGGAUUGCUUCCUGCACAAAGCUCGUCACAGUUAUUUCGGUACUCCAGCUUGUUGAGCAGGGCAAAAUACCUCUAGACGACGCCGGAUUCGUCAAGAAGAUUGCACCUGAACUUGCAGACAAGAAAGUAUAUCCUGAUGGUGUCAAUGCUGUGGAGAGAGAAAAGGAUAUUACUAUGCGUAUGCUACUUAGCCAUACAGCAGGAUUCGGAUAUAGGUUUGCCGACCCUAGAAUUAAGCAAGACGGCAUCGAAGGGAGCCAUGGAGACAAGAACGACAUUCUGAAUGCGAAGCUGCUGAACCAGCCCGGUAGUAUGUUUGAAUACGGUGUCAACAUUGACUGGGCCGGUAUCAUCCUAGAGCGAGUAACCGGCCAACUCCUAGGUGACUACUUCCAACAAAACAUCUUCACUCCCCUCGACAUCUCCGCCGAUGGCGCAACCAUGUUCCCCUCACCCAGCCUCCAAAAGAACCUCGCCCACAUGCACCAGCGCGACGCCUCGGGCACCCUCCACGAAAACCCGCACCUCUACAUCGGCCCCCUCGAAUGCCCACCCGAGAAGCAAAAAGACUUCCUCCAAUCUGGCGGCGCAGGCCUCUUCUCCAAACCAAAAGAAUACGUCAAAAUCCUCGCCGCAAUCCUCAACAACGGCACCAGUCCCCUCACCAACAAGCAGAUUCUGAAGAAAGAAUCCGUCGAUCUCUUGUUCGAAAACCAGAUCCCCGAUCAACCGGAUUUCGCCCGCGCACAAGUCGCACCGGCGAAUCCGCUGCUGCUCAACCCGAGUAAGGAAAUCUAUCCUCAGCCUGGGAACCCGCCGCAGGGCUGGGGCUUUGGUGGGUUCUUGACGAUUGCGCCGGGCCAGACGGGGCGUGGGGCGAACACCCUGUGGUGGAUGGGACUGUGUAAUUGUUUCUGGUGGGUUGAUCGUGAAAAGGGGGUUGCGGGCAUGCUGGCGGCGCAGGUGCUGCCGAAUGGAGAUGGCAAGGUUAUUCCGGCUUGGGUUAUGGCUGAGAAGGGGGUUUAUGAUGGACUAGCAUCUUCAUAA